ACUACUGGUGGAUAUAGUCGUGCAGGCGGUGCGUCAAGGGGGGGUUUCUACUGCUCGGCUUCUAUUCCCAAUAUAACCAUCCUCGUAAAAUUAUACGAGUUAUAAAUUGUUUUUAUUCCCAUUAAGACCUUUUGCUGGCACAAUCAAACAAGUUAAACAAAACUUUGUACUUAGUUUACAGCAGGUUCCGACUAGGAUUUCAAACAUUUUUGUUUGGAGAUUGACCAUUUGUCAACUUUUUUCGCGUGAACGUCAGACUACCGUACGACAAGUGGGAUUUUUAAGUGUUUUUACAGUGUUUUUGAGGGUUUGAAAUACUGGGGAGGACAGAAAUAUGAGGACACCGCACCAGGCCGUCACGUCUCCACCGAUUGAAAAAAGAAACCACAUCAACAAAACACAGGAAACUCAAACUGCCGACUGUAAAGUGGAGUCGAAUGGAAGAAAAAGUUGAAAUCUGACAAGAAAAGAACAAGAGAAUGGCCCCCGAGAACGAAGAAAACGGGGUAUCCGUCCCUAUUGAGGAGACAAACAAUGGAGGAAAGAAAACAGAUGACGGCAGCCAGCUCGUCAUCAACGGAACCGGUGACGACGGCGAUCACGCAUACUCUUGCUGCUCGUGGAAACCCGGUUUCCUCCAGUUCCUGGCUUCCGGUCGCUUCUUCUGCGUCCUGCUGUGCAUGGUGGUCGCGUCGGAUGCGUUUAAUUCUGGGACAUUCGGUAGCGCAGUGACGUCACUGGAGACGCGUUACAAGCUGCCAUCAUCUCAGCUUGGUUUUAUCAACAGCAUGUACGAGUUAGCGUCACUGGUCCUGGUCCUGUUUGUGGUCUACUAUGGUGGGAAACCAACGAGUAACAGGCCGCUGUGGAUUGGCCUCGGGAGUGUGCUAAUGGGCAUUGGAGCUGUGGUGGCGCUCUUACCACAGUUCUUAUUCGGCGCUUAUGUACCUCUUAGUGAUGGCUCGCAAGGCAACUCAAGCACCGCUACAUGCUCGGCGGGCUCUGGUAAUAUCACUGACCAUUGCACCAAGAAUGAAGGGGACACAGAAAACAGUGAAACCCAUGCUGCUUUUGUCUUCAUCAUUUGCGGGCAGAUCAUCGUCGGUCUAGGUUGGACGCCGGUGAUGGCGCUAGGCAUGUCUUACAUAGAUGACAACGUGAAAACCUCAACGUCCGCAAUGCACAUUGGAUAUGUUCAGAGUAUGUUCGGUUUCGGCCGGAUCGCCGGUUUCCUCAUUGGCGGAGUGACGGUUCGCAAAUGGGUUGAUUACUACCGUGACGAUCCGGAUAAUUAUGGAGUCGGACCCAAAGAUCCACAGUGGGUAGGAGCUUGGUGGCUCGGUUUGAUCAUUGCCUCUGUCUCCUACGUCAUAUCUGGUAUUCCCAUGAUCGGUUUUCCCCGAAGUUUGCCGAAGAAUUACGACGAGGCACACGAUGACUUCAUGGGUCACUCCAAACGAGGGAAGUCAACCGGAAGUGAAAGCGCUCAGAAUGCCGCCAAGCCAAGGUCAAGGAAAAAGGCUGCUUUCAAAAGCAUCAAGGAUAUGCCUGGGAAGUUCUUGGAAGUUUGUAAGAACCCUCUGUACUUGAUCAUCAACAUGGCUUUCGUGACCGAGUUCGCUGCCAUGAUUGGACUCAAUAUAUUCUUUCCAAAAUACCUAGAAACAGAGUUUGGACUGACGUCAUCAUAUGCAAAUAUUAUUACAGGCGCUGUUCUGGUGCCGGCCGCUGCUCUUGGAUCCAUCGUUGGGGGCGUCAUUGUCAAGAAAUUCAAGACAAAAGCAGAGGGGUCUUGCAAGGUAGCCUUGGUUCUCAGCAUAGUCGCUAUGUUCCUGCUCCUAAUCACAUUCGGUGUCGGUUGUCGAACCAUUCCAACGGCUGGUGUAACGACUAAGUAUCCCGAUCAAAGCACUGGAAAGAGCUUGAGCCGAACUAGUACGUGUAAUGUCCAGUGCGGAUGCAAUAAUGAUAUAUAUUCCCCUGUGUGCGGAGAGGAUGGCAUCACCUAUGUGUCAGCAUGCCACGCUGGUUGCCUGCGAGAAUAUGACAAUGGGACGUUCAGCGAUUGUUCAUGUGUCAACGCUGAAGAUGGAACCUAUUCGGCAGUGGACGGUACCUGCGGGAAUAGCUGCAAGAGUCUUAUUCCAUUCCUCAUCAUCUCUUUCUUGGUUGUCGUCAUAUCCGGUGCGGAAGAGAUCCCACAAACCCUCAUUGCAAUGAGAUGCGUGAACCCAGACUCUAAGGCCAUCGCUCUCGGUGUCCGGGCCAUCAUGAUGAGAUUACUUGGCGCCAUUCCAGCCCCGCUUAUCUACGGCGCUAUGAUCGACACCGCGUGCAGAUUGUGGCAGACGGAGUGCGGUAAGCAAGGAUCGUGUUACGUCUACGAUCUAGCUGCGUUCCGUUACGCCUACCUCGGUGUCAACUUCAUCUUCAAGGUUCUCACCGUGUUUUUCUACCUCAUAGGGUGGUGGCUCAUCAGGCGACAGCGCAUGCGCAACCAACAGGCGGGAAAACUUACGAACGAGGAAGAGUAAAGGAAAGAAUGGCGCGAAGAACUCAAUACUAUCUAGGUCUGGUUUCUUAAAGACUGAUAUCAAUAUCAAAAUACUUUUCUUUUUUUUAUUGUAUAUCACUAUCAUCCAAUCAGGUUUCAGGAUUUUGGUGGCUUUUAACAGUUAUCUUGUUGCAAGAUUUGUGAAAUGAGAACAUGAUAAGAACGGCAGAGACCUCUCAGUAUUUCCUUACUGCCAUAAAAUCAUUGUUUUCCAGAGAAUAAUUUUCUUUUUACUAAAGUACUAAUCUCGAUCAUUGCAUUUCCCUUUCAUUCCAUCACAAUCCAUCUCACGAUAUUAUGUAGCAUAUGUUUAGAACAAUUUUCAUGUACUGUUCAGUGGGCUUAAUUUGCAUUCAGAAUUCGAAGAAAAGGAACGGUUCUUGGUAUAAUCACUUUCUGUUAGUGUAUUUGAUAUAACAUAUUUUUGCAGUACUGCACAUUCAAUAAACAGGGCGAUUGAUUUUUCAAAAUAAGACUGUUUUUAUUAUUUUAAUGAUUUAAUCUUAAUUGUGCAUACAGUCGAACCACUCAUCGAUCUUAAAUCUAAUUAUGAUGGUCUGUUGUGUUCGAUAUAGAUAAAGUAAUGUUGUCAUAUAUUAAUUUCAUAAAUUCGUGCCACCUUCAUUUUUUCUCUAAAUCUCAAUUAUUAAUAAUUGUUUCAUAUAUUCAGGAUGUUACAUAAUAUGGUUGAACGUAGAAAUAAAAUGUUAAAAGUCGACUAGACUCAGAACAAAAAAGAAAGAAAGAAAAAAGUAAGAAACUGAUAAAGAAAAAAAUACAGAAAUAUAAAUAGAUCGAUAGAUAUAAAAAGGAAAGAAAAAAGUGAGAAAGAAAGAAAGAAAGAAAGAAAGGAAGAAAGAAAGAAAGAAAGAAAGAAGGAAAGAAAGAAAGAAAGAUAUAAAGAAAGAAGAAAUAUAGGGAGAAAGGAAGACUAGAGAAAUUCUGACGGAAAAUAAAAUUACAAACUAUUAAAUUCAAACCUUAAAUCUCUUUCGUCAUGAUCGUUAGAUAGGCUACACAGCAAAAACUGUGGUGUUAACUGGUGUACAUAGAGGACCACACCAGUUAUUUUACACUGGUGUUAAAUUGACAGUGUUAGUUUAGCACCUAUAGGUGCUAUUACAACACCUUCGGUUGUUACAUUUACACUCUUUGGUAUUUCGUUCAAUCUCUAGGGUGUAAUUUUAACACCUCAGGGUGUAGUCCUCUAUUAACACCAACUGGUGUCAGUUUUAACAUCACAGUUUUUUACAGUGUAUUCUGACGCGGUAACAUAUAAUGUUCCUGUAUUCAUAAACGGUACACAUCAUUGUGCAAAUGGAAUGGUAGAGUGUGGUGCGCAUUUAUCUCUUAACAUCGAAAAUUAUAUGAAAUACACAUUUAAAAAUUUCAUGUAAAUGUAUGACAUCAGCGGUGUGUGAGGGGGAAAAUAAUUCAUGUAAUAUAUAUCUGCAAUGUUUACGUGUGUUUACAUUACGCUAUUUUAUAUUUUAUGGGAAAUUGAAAGGGAAAUGUAUAUUGAUCAAUAUAGUUUAUAUAUUAUAAAAAGGGUAAAGGUGCAUUAAAAUAUUUGAAUAUCGUAGAAUUACUCAAAAAAGUGCUGGAAAUCAUAUGUUUCUAUCUUAAUACUGUCGAGUCUGUUCUAGAGUUAAACCGUAUCAGGUGUUGUGUUCUUAGGGUACCCAAAUUUCCAUAUAUUGCUGAAUAUUAAAUGUAUUAUGUAAGAAUGAAUUACUGUUUUAGACCUGAAUCCCUCAAAUAUUCACCAAUAAAAGCAGACACUAAGAGAAUCAUACUGGUCCAAAGACACAGAGGUUGUGUUUAAUCAAUGGUCUCAGAUUGUUGCUUAUGCAUAUUCCAUGAAUUAUUAGGUGUAAGUAUACCUAAUGAAGCUUUAAAGCGCCAUCUGCUGGCGAGAUAUUUUAUCUUGCCACGUCGACUUAUAAAAAAGAGAAAUGUCAUUGUGGCGAGAUAGGUUGUCGUUAUAGGCAGUUUGCCAUGACGAUUUUUUUUACAAGUCGAAGUGGUGAUAAUGCAUCUCAUAUUGUCGACAUAUCUUUGUAUAGAACUGGUAAAAGAACUAAUGACUAUAUUAGUCCAGUCAAAAUACGGGAAAAUGGGUUUACCCAAAUCAAAUCGCAACAGAAACGAUUUUUCAGCAUUGAACUAUAUCAUAGUAUUUAGCCAUAACGCAUCCAAAGUGUUAGAAAAUUGAAUCUGUGAAACAAUGUAUAAUUUGCAUAAAUUCAAAUUGGCCGUCGUUUGGCAUUGAUUGACUAAAUUUCCUGAACUGGGACUCAUAUAAACACAUUUUCAACAUAUAAACCUACGAUGUAAGGGUCAAAGAAUUCACUCAAUGACAGUAUUUAGAUCACACAAUAUAUAAGGAAUAGGAAAAUCAAAUUUAUGGAACAAUGUCUAAUUUGAAUAAAUAAAAAGAAAAUGGCCUCUGUUUAGCAUUGUUUGACUGUAUUUCCUGAUCAGAGACGCAUACUUUUAACAUACUUUAUAAACCUAUGUUUUGAGGAUCGGGGAAUUCACUCAUUGAUGGCAAUUCGAUCACACAAUAUAAGGAAUUACUGGUCGUAGAUUCUCUGGUCCACUUCGAGAACCCGAUCUAUCGUUUUUUUUUAUCUUUAUCGGGGUGUUGUAUUGGUAUACAUGAAGGACCACUCCCAUCAUUUUACCCCGAUGGUAAAUUUGUGGAGUUUUACAACAGCCUUGAUUGUCAUUUUUACACUCUUUGGUGCUAUGUUUAAUCUCGAGUGUGCUCAGGGUGUGGUCAUCUAGGGACACCAAAUAUCAGGUUUUAAACCCAGCUUUUUAUUUUAUUAUACAUUAUACAGUACAUAUUGUUGAUAUUCAUGCGUUCUCUUUUGGACAUGCAGUAUGCUCCUUCCUUUCAAAUGUAUCUUUAACUUUAUAUCUUUUCUAUAAGUAUCUAAAUGUUUCAUAUGGUGUAUCGAUAUAUUUUGAGGAUGAAGGAAAUAAUAUUUUAAAAAGAUACUAAACUUGAAAUCAUAUUAUGUUCAAAUCAAAAUAAAGCAUUAUUUUAUACAUGUAA